AGUACAACGUGCUUGGGUUUCAGCAUACUCUCCAUAGCGCCAUGUAGGAACAGAAUCUGCCUCAGCUGAAGCAUGCGCCCCCUCGGUCACUGCAAUUAGUCACGCUUGAAACAAACAGCAUUUGUAGUCAUCUAGACGGUGCGCACAGCCGAUUUGCCGCAGCGGAACACGCCAGGCAAACUUUUUGCCGCAAAGCUCCUCGCGGGGCCGACCGUCAGUCCAUCAUCUGCAAUCGGGAAACGCGGCUCCACUGCAGCCGCGUUCCGGAUGCCUCACACAGAUGGGGACAAUACGUGUACUUUUCGUCGACGCUCGCCGGCGUUGUGGCUGCGGGCUGCGAUUGCCAGCUCGAGGCAAAGGCGAUAGUGAAGUAAGCGGUAGAGCUCAGCACAUGCACGACGGCAGCAGCUCGCUCGCUGGUGCCGUCAAUACGUAGCAGGGCCAACAAUCGCGCCGUGGACUCCCAAAAGAUACUUGUGCUACAGUUGACGGUCCAACGGCGGUCCGCGGUAAGAAGCGGUUGCCGCUCGCAUCAUCACCUCCAUCGCAAGACUCUUUGAGUCAAUAAUGUGGGUUGCCUCGCCAUGCAACUUGGCGGACGUGAAUGUGGCAAGGUUGGCACUGCAAACUCGGCAUGCCACCGGCUUCCUUGCUGAUGCUCGGGCCCGGGUGACCCGCGGGUCGGGCCGUUUCGGGCUUCUUUUACAGGCGUAUAGCCAGAGCAGGUCUCAAAAAACGUGACAAUACUGUCUCGUCUGCUCUCUCGUGCGCUGAUUGGCGGAAAAUGUCAAGCAUACGGUGCAUAGUGAAAUCGAGUCGGCCAUACUGAAUCCAAGUGAUCUUCCAGCGCAGGAGGGGCAUUUGGUACAAGCGAUGGGCGCGUCAAGAGAGCGCGGCGCGCUGGCCGCCCUUCGUUUCGCGAGCAGCUCCAGUUGCCGCUGUUGCCUCCAUUUGCCAAAAGUCCGCGUCGUCGCCGUAUCCUGCCACCACCACCAACCGCAAUGAAGGACGGAGUCUGCACACUGAGCGCGACUGUACUGGAGGCGCAUGCGCUGGGCGGCACCAAGAUGUUCGAGGUCAAGGUGGCCUGCAAGGGCAAGAGCACCUCGGUCUACAAGAGCAAAGAGGACUUCAAGAGCGUGCUCGACAUGUUCCGCCUCGUGGGCGCCAUGUGCCGCGCCAAGAGCGACCGCUGCGAGGUCUGCGCCUCCUGCAGCACCUUGAGCCCCGUGCGCGUGUGCGAUGAGGACUCUCUCGACGACUUCCUGAACAGCGUGCUGGCCAAGCUGCGCAAGGCCGAGCCUGCCGAUAUCGAGCAGUGCAGCACGCACCGCGGCGUCGUGCAGAUCCUAAUGGACUUCCUCAACGUGCGCAACGGCAAGUAUUUCUGUGAACUCACGCCCGAGAUGGAGGAGGAGAUCAGUCCCAAGAGCAACAACAGCCAGGACCUGCACGACGAGGUGGAUCUGGACCACCCGGUUUCGCGUUGCUCGCUCAACCGCACGCUUUCGGAGCAGUUCGCUGCCAUGGAUUCGGUGUGCUAGCGAAAGUAUGCCAGCACAACCGCACCACUACCAACUACCCCACACAGCUCCCGCAUUUUCCACUAUAUAAACGCAAGCAAGUAUGCAAGCGAGCAGCGCAGCUCCUCCGCACCCCUCCGAUAGCACCUCGCUUCCGUCCUGCGAAGCAGGAUUGUAGAUUCACCCCAUGCAAGACCUUCUCUCUCCGCUGUGUAGCUUGUUGUCGUCUCGAGAGAAGUUGAUGGCGCACGGCGGAAGAACUGGCCAAAGACGUCGCAAAGGCGUCGACGAUUUCCAUGCGUACAAUAAUUGAAACGAAUAAUAUAAGAGCUCCUACAUGUGGCAAAACUACAC